AUGGCUGAGGAAAGCAUUGCUGCUGGAGGUAUAACAGACAUUAACGCUUCUCUACAAGAAAUACUGAAGCUUGAACUCAUUCAUGAUGGCUUAGCUCAUGGAAUUGGUGACGUUGCCAAAGCCUUAGAUCAAUGCCAAGUCCAUCUUAGUGUUCUUCCUUCCAACUGAGAUGAACCUACAUAAGUAAAAUUGGUUGAAACCCUGUGUGCUGAGCACCAAAUCACCUUAAUCAAAGUUGGCCAAAAGAAGCUGGCUGAAUGGGUAGGAGUUUGUAAAACUGACAGAGAGGGAAAGCCUCAUAAAAUGGUUGGCUGUAGUUGUGUUGUUGUUAAGGACUAUGGCAAGGAAACUCUGGUAAAAGAAAUUAUAGAAGGAUAUUUUAAAAGCAAAAAAAUACCAGUAUUUGGUCUGUUUUCCAAAGAGCCUUGCAGGAGAUCCGAGAAAAGAGCGAGCCAGGGGGUAGAGAGGAGCAGUGAGACCGCGGGGCAAAACUCUUCCCGCUGCACCCUGUCAAGGCCCGUGCGUGCGUGUGUGUAUAUCUGCGCGCGUGUCUGUCUGUGUACGUCUCCGCUGCGGGUCAGGAUGUUGUUCCCCAAAAUUUGGUGGCUGCUGCUGCUGUUCCCGGAGCUGCUCCUACUGGUCCCAGCACAGAAGUUCUCCGCUCUCACGUUUUUGAGAGUGGACCAAGAUAAAGAUAAAGAGUGUAGCCUGGACUGUGCAGGAUCCCCUCAGAAAUCACUCUGUGCAUCUGAUGGAAGGACCUUCUUAUCCCGGUGUGAAUUUCAACGGGCCAAAUGCAAGGAUCCUCAGCUGGAAAUUGCCUAUCGAGGAAACUGCAAAGAUGUAUCAAGAUGUGUGGCAGAAAGGAAGUAUACCCAGGAACAAGCCCGCAAGGAAUUUCAGCAAGUUUUCAUUCCAGAAUGCAAUGAUGAUGGCACAUACAGCCAGGUACAAUGUCACAGUUACACGGGAUAUUGUUGGUGUGUUACUCCCAAUGGACGACCAAUCAGUGGUACUGCAGUAGCCCACAAAACACCUAGGUGUCCAGGUUCUAUUACUGAAAAGUUGCCUCAACGAGAAGGCACAGGGAAAACAGUCUCCUUGCAAAUCUUUUCCAUUCUGAAUUCAGAUGAUGCCUCAGCUCCUGCAUUGGAGACUCAGCCUCAAGGUGACGAAGAAGAUAUUGCUUCUCGUUAUCCCACUUUGUGGACUGAACAAGUCAAGAGCAGACAGAACAAAACCAAUAAGAAUUCAGCAUCAUCAUGUGACCAAGAACACCAGUCUGCAUUAGAAGAAGCCAAACAGCCGAAGAAUGACAAUGUAGUUAUUCCUGAGUGUGCUCAUGGUGGCCUUUACAAACCUGUGCAGUGUCAUCCUUCUACAGGAUAUUGCUGGUGUGUUCUAGUAGACACAGGACGUCCUAUUCCUGGUACAUCUACAAGGUAUGAACAGCCGAAAUGCGAUAACACAGCCAGGGCUCACCCAACCAAAACAAAGGAUUUGUACAAGGGCCGCCAGCUCCAAGGUAGAGGGCCUUUCAUCUAUAUCCACUCUCUUCUAGACAUCAUAGAUCUUCCCUUUAAUGUAAUCAAAGAAGAUGUACUUUCAGAACCUGAUCCCAGUCACACUCUAGAAGAGAGAGUGGUCCAUUGGUAUUUCAAACUACUUGAUAAGAACUCCAGUGGUGACAUUGGCAAAAAAGAAAUCAAGCCUUUUAAGAGAUUCCUUCGGAAAAAAUCCAAACCCAAGAAGUGUGUGAAGAAAUUUGUUGAGUAUUGUGAUGUGAAUAAUGACAAAUCCAUCUCUGUUCAAGAGUUAAUGGGCUGCCUUGGUGUUACAAAAGAAGAAGGUAAAGCAAACACAAAGAAACGUCAUACUCCUAAAACCAACUCUGAAAGCACUUCCAACAGGCAGCCAAAGAAGCAAGGAUGAAAGGCUAACGUUAACAAGGCAGAUCUUCGACAUGUGGGAGAUUCCCUCACCAAAAGGCAAUUAAAAAAAAAACAACCAUAGUAUUUGCACUUUGUACUUUAAAUGUAAAUUCACUUUGUAGAAAUGAGAUAUUUAAGCAGACUUUUAAUCUGUGAAAAUGGAAUGGCUAGUUUCAAAAAAUUAAUCACAUACAAUGUAUGUGUCUUCUUUUGACCUUUGAAAUCUGUACUUGGUGGAGAUGUAUUAAGUUUGCAUUUGAACUUUUUUUUUUAAUUUUAAAACAUUUUUUCUGCAAACAUUAAUGUAGUAGACACCAUCUUAUUGUAGUAGGUUAUCUUGGUUCUAAUACCAUGCCUCUUUUCCUAACCAGUACAGUCAUUUAACAUAGUUAUGCUGACAAUUUGCUUUAUUUGAAAUCUACUGUACUCACAAUAUUCUUGAAUCAGUUUUGGAAUCUUUAGGUUUCCAAAAAAAGUUUGUAAGAUAUCGCUGACUCAGCUUUGCAGUUUCUAAGAGAAUGGAUUUGUAGCAUAGGGAAGGGUUUUCGUUUUGUUUUAUUUUGCUUUCCAGAGAUCAUGCUCGUGCAGUGAGCUAUGCAACCACUACAGGAUUCAAACAACUACAUUUAGUGCUCUUAUAGGAAAAUAGUUUUUUUUAAACAUUUGCUAUGCACCUUCCAUUGUAAUCUUUUGCUUAAGUUUUGCCUUUGGCUCAGAUUAGUCAUGCAGCAAACUGAAAGAGAGUGAGGUGAAUUGGAGUGUCACUCAAAGUUGGUCCUGCCAAACCCUAGAGCAUGUUCCUCCUGCUGUCAGGACAAGGCAGUAAAGAGUUAGAUUUAUUCAGGACAGUAAAUCUAAUUAUGGAGAGAUGAGGCAGGCUAAACAUGCUUGUCUGUCUUUUUUUUUUCCUUACACCUGGCAGAAUCCUCUUCCACCUGAGGCUGUCCCCAGGUCCAUUAGAAGGUAAAGCUAUCACCUCAGUAAUGAUGAACGGUUGCCUUCCUGAGAUAUGGCCAGCCAGUGUCAGCUGUGUUUUAGCCACUGGCCUUAGAAGCCAAGGAAUUCUGGUAGGCUUUCAUAUCUUUCUUUCCUCUCAUCCUUUUGGGAAUGCCUCAAGCAAGUAAGAAUUUGCAGGUGAGCUAAGAAUUCUGUGUCCCAUGGAUCCCUGGGAGAAAAGAUUCAGGAGCUGAGUACCGACACAGUGUAAGCAGCAGAAAUGUUCGGUGUCUGCUGGCAUCUCCAAACCUGGCAUCCAGAGGAGGAAACUUUACUGUAAUCAAAGGGCAUGAACUUGCUUAGUUAAGACAUUUGGGGCAUGACAUGCAAGUAGUGAAUGACAAUUAGCUGUGGUGCUGUCUAGGCUUGGACUUCUGGUUGGGAAAAAAAAUCUUUAUGGCAAAUAAAACACUCAUGGAAAAAGACAUGUAUGAAUAUAUUUUAAAUGUGCAAAAAUCAGAACUGUAAACAUUGGAGCAACAGGAAAAAGUACAAAUGUGUUUCAUUUUUGUUUAAGGAAAGGGUUUGAUACAAAAUUUAUUUGGUAAUCUUUCAUAUUGUUAAACUUU